AUGAAUUUCUACUUCGAAGCCGUCAGCGUACUUGAUAAGUUAGACACGAAGAAAGGGUCUAUCAAGGGUGUCAUUGCGUCUGUGCCCGAGAAGAACAGGAAGCGUACCGCUGCGCUCGUCAUCGAGACACUGAAAUACAAGCAAGUAUUGAGCGAUGUCAUCGACGCGGCCCAGUUGCUUAAGCAGGAGCGGAAAAUCAACUCGCGGAAUCUGGCCCUGGUCCUCGUCCACGACUUGCUGCUCGCCCGCGGGAUCCAGGCGGGGGAUGGGCCUAUCAAGCAAGCCGUGCUGCGACACCGUACAAGACUCCAAAGCGAGUUCACGAGGCUCAAAAUAAAACGAGGAGCUAAGUCGAACUCGGAACUAGCGCAAACAGACGACGCUCGAGCUGCUGCCAUACCAAGAUAUGUUCGGGUAAAUCGGACAUGUUGGUCGAGCAAGGACGCUUUGAAGGCCUUGAAGGCCCAAGGAUACGAAGAAGGCGACCCGCUAACGUCAAAUAAGGCACUCAAGAGAGACGAGCACAUCCCCGACCUAUUCGCCUUCCACCCCAGUGUGCGCUUCACCGACGACCCGCUCUACCUAUCCGGCAAGAUCAUCCUCCAAGACAAGGCGUCAUGCUUUCCCGCACACGUCCUCGCGCCGCCCGCGCGCGACGAUGUCGUAGUAAUCGACGCAACCGCGGCCCCGGGAAACAAGACGUCCCACCUCUGCGCGAUCAUGCAGAACAAGGGGAAGCUCCUCGCAUUCGAACGAGACCGCAAACGUUUUGGGACCCUCAAGACGAUGCUGAACAAGGCGCACUGCAGCAACGUCGAAGCCGUCAACCUCGACUUCCUCACCGCCCUGCCGUCCGACCCCAAGUACAAGAGCGUCACGCACAUAUUGUUGGACCCUUCAUGUAGCGGGUCCGGUAUCGUCAACCGACUAGACCAUUUGCUCGACAACGAGCAAGAUGAGGACGAAGACUCCGAAAGGCUCAACAAGCUCGCCGCGUUCCAGCUCAAGAUGAUUCGCCACGCAAUGACCUUCCCGUCUGUGAAGAGGAUAGUGUACUCCACAUGCAGCGUGCAUGCCAUCGAAAACGAGCACGUCGUCCGGCAAGCUAUCAAAUCGGAAGAAGCGGCGAACGGCCACUUCAGGCUGGGCCGCAGGGAAGAAGUGCUCCCUGUUUGGCACCGUCGAGGUAUCCCGGAAGAGAUGGAUGACCCAGCGGAUGCGGAGGCUGUAGUUCGUUGUUCGCCGGGCGAAGACGCAACAAAUGGAUUUUUCGUGAGCCUCUUUGUUCGGACAUCUGAGGAGGGCACAGGAAGCUCGACUGCCGACGCGACGAAGAGGAAGGAAAGGGACGAGGACGAGGUUGAGGCCCCACCCCCAGCAAAGCGGAAACGGAAUAAGAAAAAGAAUAAAGCGUCCGUCUCGUCGUAG